AUGGGUGAAAAAUGGGAGAGUACAAAAACUAAGCGUAAAGACCCAACAGAUUGGUCUUCUCUCCUUGGGUCCUGGUUGGAGUUGAAGAAAAGAAUUUUGAUCACUUCUCAAAAGGGUACUUUCUUCUCACCAAUGUUGGAACAGAAGAAACUCAAACAAGAGAUCGGCUUAGAAGAAACAAAUGAAGAUUUUCAAACAAUUAAUGAUUCCAAUAAUUCCCACAAGGGAAAAGGAAGUUAUUAUCAUUCCUCCCGUGAAGAACCUCAGGAUGCAGAUUACUGUUCAUCAAAAGUGCCUCAGCUGAUUGAUGAGGUCGAAGCUCAGAUAUUGGCCAGAGUUCCAAGGUCAGAAUAUGGUAAGUUCUCUCUCGUUAACAAGAGAUUCUUGUCACUCCUAAAGAGCGGCGAGAUAUACAAGGUCAGGAGAGAGUUUGGGUUCAAAGAACCGACAGUCUUCAUGCUCGCCGCCGGUCAGAACUGGUGGGCCUUUGAUCGUCAUUUCAACGCCCUCAGAGAACUCCCCCACCUACCCGGCAACUACGCUUUCCACAAUGCUGACAAGGAGACCCUUUGUGUCGGUACUCACCUUCUCGUUUCAGGAAAGGAAGACAAUGGUGGUUGUUGUAUCUGGAGAUACAAUCUGGUCACAAACAGGUGGUUAAAAGGCCCUUCCAUGAUCAACUCGAGGAACUUGUUCGCCUGGGCGAGUUGCGGCGCUUUUGGGUAUGUGGCCGGCGGGCUAUUUGAAGGCGAAUACUUGAGCUCCGCCGAGAGGUAUAAUCCAGAGAGCGAGACGUGGGAGUCUCUCCCGGACAUGCACAAGAAGAGAGGGAAUUGCUCAGGUUUCUAUAUGGACAAGAAGUUCUACGUCAUUGGAGGAAGAAACCGCGUAGAUGGUGUUUUGACUUGCGCUGAGGCCUAUGAUGUGCAGAGUAAGACAUGGCAGCUGAUUCCCAACAUGUUGGAGGGGACGGUGGUGAUGGCCUUGAGGUCGCCGCCGCUCGUUGCGGUGGUCGACGAUGAGCUCUACUCGCUCGACCCCUCGUUGAACCAAGUCAAGGUGUAUGCGAAGCAAGCCAAGAGCUGGAGGGCGCUAGGGCCUGUCCCCGUGGCCGCAGGCUCUGUAGGCGGCUGGGGCGUCGCGUUUAAGUCCCUUGGCAACGAGCUGCUAGUCAUUGGCGGCAACGGUGAUGCCUUUGCAGAGGGGCUCGGAGUGAUGUACGUGUGUCGCCCUAAUCCGGAUGCUGAGGUGCUGAAUUGGAGGCUGCUCGAGUACGGCGGCAACCGGCUCAACGCCUUCAUCUGCAACUGCGCUGUCAUGCUUACUUGAAGAUGUUGUCUGUUAAGUACUAAUUAGGCAGGGAACUCAACUAGUUAAAAAAGGUUGAAGAUGCUUGCUUGAAGAUGUUGUCUGUUAAGUACUAAUUAGUCUUGUAAGUGUGCUAAAAUAAGAGGUACAUUUUGGAAGUUAAAAAAAAGGUUGUUAUGAGUACUACUACAGCUAGUCAAUUUGGUAU